CAUGGAGCACUAUGGAAACUAAGGGGAUUUAAGACCAGUACUGGCAAACCCAUUCAACAUCAGAAAUUGAUCGAAUCUCUUUUAGAAGCCAUAACCAAACCAUUGAAGCUAGAGAUUGUUAAAUGUCAAGCGCACACAGGAAAACAGGAUCCUGUUAGCAAAGGAAAUGAAUUAGCUGACCACUUUGCUAAAAAGGCUGCAUAUAAUAACACACCAAUUUGUUUAUUCCAACAGAGAAACGACCAGGACCCUGAUAACCAAAUUAUUUCUUUACAGAGUGCAGCCACGGACAUCGAAAAAAGAAAAUGGUCCAAAGAAGGGUCCCUUUCUGAUGGAGUCUGGACUCAUAAACACACUAACAAACCUUUUCUCCCAAAAGCCUCUUUCCCAGGAAUGGCAAAAAUAGCCCAUGGCCUCGAUCACACAGGUAGAGAUGCCAUGGUUCGAGAUGUUGAAAAACAUUGGGAAGCUGUAGGUUUCUCUACAUAUGCAGAGCAAUUUUGCAGACGCUGUGCAUUAUGUCAGAAGUUUAAUGUAGGAAAGGGCACCCAGGUAAGUCCCGCCGUUACACCUAACCCAAUGGGUCCAUUCAAACACCUUCAAAUGGACUUCAUUGAAUUAACACCAUCAAAGGGGUACCGAUACUGUUUAGUAAUUGUUGACGUGUUCUCCCGAUGGGUGGAAGCUUUCCCUUCCAAACAUGCAGACCCCAAAACUGUGGCAAAAGCUUUGAUAAAGGAAAUCAUUCCAAGAUGGGGAAUACCACAGAAAUUGCAGACUGAUAAUGGCAGUCAUUUUGUGAAUUCUGUAAUUAAUGAAUUGACUACUUGGCUCCAGAUAAAUGUACAUCAUUAUUGCAAAUACCAUCCUCAAAGUGGGGGUAUAGUAGAGAGAUGCAAUGGUACCUUGAAAUCUAAAUUGGCUAAAAUCUGUGAGCAAACAAAUUUAACUUGGCCUGAUGCUCUACCCCUGGCCUUGAUGGGAUUAAGGGGAAGAACACAUCGGCAGUUAGGGCUGUCACCAUUCGAAAUUCUGACCGGACGGCACAUGCCAAUCGGCAUGGUCAUAGGUAAUGUUAAUCUGCAUACUGUGGACAAUGAUCUUCUUUCCAGUCUUACAGGUCUCCGAGCUUCUCUGAAGAAAGUCCACGAGCAGGUUAAUCAGGCCUGGAGAACUAGUCCUCCAUCAAAGGACUCCCCGAUUCCAUUGGGAACCUGGAUUCUGGUUAGAGAUACUCGAAGGAAACAUUGGCACCAACCUCGGUGGAGAGGACCGUUCCAAGUUCUGCUGUCGACACCACACGCUGUUAAAGUUGAGGGACUGCCUGCCUGGAUUCACGCCUCACAUUGCAAAAGAUGGCACCCUUGAUUGUUGUACUACUAUGUCUUUCCUUUCCCUUGUCGACUGCCCAGGUCACCUUGACUUUCCCUUUAGGAAUCAGCACAUCAGUUCAGGUUGAUUUCUGUUCUAUUAUCAACUAUGGGACUGGUCGACAAGUCCAGUGGAACUGGUCUGACAAAUACGUGUGUGUAACUGUUAGAAACUCUGGAUUCGGAAGUAACUGUGAUGAGUGGAAAUGGGUUUUUGCUAAUACUGGAACUGAUGACUGGGGUUAUCAACCCUAUAAGGCCCAAAAGUAUGGUCUGAAAUAUUGGUUUUCUAUUAUAAAAGGACAUGCCCCUCAUGAAUGUGCCAAAAACCAUUGUAACCCCUUGAUCAUUACUCUGAAGAACCCCUCUUUACAUGAUUCAGGAACCUAUAUCUUAGGGGUGUAUGUAUCUGGAACAGAUCCUCUAGGGAGAUUUCAAAUUAAGGUUGAAAACCCUGUUACUAACACCUCCCAUUUCCCCACACACACACCCAUCUCCCCUGCCCCUGGUCCAGACCCGCCCCCUGUCAAGGUCAUGAAUAUUUCCACCUUUUCUUCCACUUUCUCGAUUGAAACUGGGUAUGGCGAUCAGAACCAUUGGCUGCAAUGGGUAUUGUAUUCGGCUAGACAAGUAAAUCAAUUUGAUUGUUAUGCAUGUGCUACUGCUAGGCCACAUUUGGCCACUGUCCCUUUUCCCCUUUCUAACAUAUCUGAUCCUACUGGCCUUCCUUGCCUACUUGCCCUUUUUACCUCUUCCUCUAUUCCAACCGACUCUAAUUAUAUUAUACUUUCCCUUCUCUUUCCCCCCACUCUUCAUAUGACUCCCCCGAUGUUCCAGCCUCAUGAAGGUAAUUAUACCUGUUUUUUUAGAAACCUCACUUCCUCCCGUGGCACUAAUGUUGGUAAUAUCCCGUCCCCGUUCUGUUUCCAAACUUUUCAGGUUAAUUCUUCCUCUUUAGCUUCCAAAUUAUCAACUUUUCUGAUUACUCAGAAUACUCCACGAGCAGAUAUUUGGUGGAUGUGCCGUAGGUCUAAAUUGCUUGACAUUCUUCUGCCUUACUGGACUGGCACUUGUGCUUUAAUACAACUUGGUAUGCCUUUUCGACUUCUCCCUUUAACUGCCUCCCGUGUGUCGACCAAUUCUGGCCGACGUCGUCGACCCUGUUCUGUGGACCGUUCCCAGUUUUCCCUACAUGGCCCUGGGGUGUAUUUUGAUUCCAUUGGAGUCCCUCGUGGAGUCCCUGAUAAGUUCAAGGCAAGGGACCAAGUUGCUGCCGGAUUUGAGUCUAUUUUUCCUCAGGUUACUAUAAACAAAAAUGUAGAUUGGAUUAAUUACCUAUAUUACAAUCAACAAAGAUUCUUAAAUUUUACUAAAGAAGCUGUUAAAGGUAUCCAUGAGCAACUUGAUAAAACAUCCCUUAUGACCUGGCAAAAUCAAUUGGCAUUAGAUAUGCUCCUGGCUGAGAAAGGAGGCGUUUGUGCUAUGUUUGGUGAUGCAUGCUGCACCUAUAUCCCUAAUAAUACAGCUCCCAAUGGAUCAAUCACCCGUGCUUUAGCA